GCGAGGCGUCACCGUUGUAUAUUCAUGAGGCGCGCGCAGCUCGGCAUGCUAAUGAGGCGGGGCGCGGCGGCAGGCUCAGGAGCUGCUGGGCGGCGGCGGCUGCUGGAUCGGAGCUGCCCGGGGGGAGCGGCGUAGGCGCGGGGUCAGUGGCCAGCGCCAGCCGGGACAUGGAGCCGUCCGGCGGGGGCCUGGGGCCCGGCCGCGGGACCCGGGACAAGAAGAAGGGUCGGAGCCCGGAUGAGCUGCCUCCGACGGGCGGCGACGGCGGCAAAUCCAAGAAAUUUACUCUGAAGCGGCUCAUGGCAGAUGAGCUGGAGAGAUUUACUAGCAUAAGAAAGAAGGAAAAGGACAAGUCCAAUUCUGCUCAUAGAAAUUCUUACGUGCCAUACGGAGAUGAUCCCGCAGCACUGCCGUUGCCUGAUCAGUCGGAUGAGCAGAUUCUAGUUCUCUUUGAACAGAUGCUGCUGGAUAUGAAUCUGAAUGAGGAGAAACAACAGCCUUUGAGGGAGAAGGACAUUAUCAUCAAGAGGGAGAUGUUGUCCCAGUACUUCCACACCUCUCAGGCCGGCAUGAGCCAGAAGGAGAGCUCUCGGUCUGCUAUGAUGUACAUCCAGGAGCUGAGGUCGGGCUUGCGCGAUAUGCAUCUGCUCAGCUGCUUGGAGUCUCUUCGGGUCUCUCUCAACAACAACCCUGUCAGUUGGGUUCAGACGUUUGGUGCUGAGGGUCUGGCCUCGUUACUGGACAUCCUCAAACGACUUCUGGACGAGAAAGAUGAGACUUCUAGCCGGAACAAGCAUGAGAUCAUUCGCUGCUUAAAAGCUUUCAUGAACAACAAGUUUGGAAUCAAAACUAUGUUGGAUACCGAAGAAGGAAUCCUGCUCCUGGUCAGAGCCAUGGACCCUGCUGUUCCUAACAUGAUGAUUGAUUCAGCUAAGCUGCUUUCUGCUCUUUGUAUUCUGCCACAGCCAGAGGACAUGAAUGAAAGGGUUUUGGAGGCCAUGACAGAGAGAGCUGAGCUAGAUGAGGUGGAACGUUUCCAGCCACUGCUGGAUGGGUUGAAAAGCGGGACCUCCAUUGCACUCAAGGUGGGAUGCCUCCAGCUGAUCAAUGCUCUCAUCACACCAGCAGAAGAACUUGACUUCCGAGUUCACAUCCGAAGUGAACUGAUGCGUUUGGGGCUGCAUCAGGUGUUACAGGACCUUCGAGAGAUUGAAAAUGAUGAUAUGAAAGUGCAGUUAGUUGUGUUUGAUGAGCAAGCGGAUGAAGAUUCCGAGGACCUAAAGGGACGGCUGGAUGACAUUCGCAUGGAAAUGGAUGACUCUAAUGAAGUCUUCCAGAUUCUUUUAAAUACAGUCAAGGAUUCAAAGGCAGAAUCACACUUCCUGUCUAUCUUGCAACAUCUGCUUUUGGUCCGAAAUGAUUACGAGGCCAGACCCCAGUACUAUAGAUUGAUUGAAGAAUGUAUUUCCCAGAUAGUCCUACAUAAGAAUGGGGCUGAUCCGGACUUCAAGUGCCGACAUCUCCAGAUUGAUAUUGAGGGAUUGAUUGAUCAAAUGAUUGAUAAAACAAAAGUGGAGAAAUCUGAAGCCAAAGCUACAGAGCUGGAAAAAAAACUGGAUUCAGAGUUAACAGCCCGACAUGAACUGCAGGUAGAAAUGAAAAAGAUGGAAAGUGAUUUUGAACAGAAACUUCAAGAUCUUCAGGGAGAAAGGGAUUCACUGGAUUCAGAAAAGCAGCAAAUUGUGACCGAGAAACAGGACCUGGAAGCAGAGGUGUCCCAGCUCACUGGAGAGGUUGCCAAGCUGACAAAAGAACUGGAAGAUGCCAAGAAACAAAUGGCUUCCCUCUCUGCUGCAGCUGCUUCUGUUCCUACUAGUGCUACUGUUCCCCCUGCCCCACCCCCACCUCCUCUUCCUGGAAGCAGUACCAUUCCUUCUCCCCCACCACCUCCUCCUUUACCUGGGGGUAUUGCCAUCCCCCCACCUCCUCCUCUGCCUGGGGGUGUUGCCAUCCCCCCACCCCCUCCUCUGCCUGGUGGUGCUGCCAGCCCCCCACCCCCUCCUCUGCCUGGGGGUGCUGCCAUCCCCCCGCCCCCUCCUCUACCUGGGGGUGCUGCCAUCCCCCCACCCCCUCCUCUGCCUGGGGGUGCUGCCAUCCCCCCACCCCCUCCUUUGCCUGGGGGUGCUGCCAUCCCCCCACCCCCUCCUUUGCCUGGGAGCACUAGCAUCCCCCCACCUCCUCCUCCUUUGCCUGGAGGACCUGGAAUUCCCCCUCCUCCUCCCCCUCUUCCUGGUGGUCCUGGAAUUCCUCCACCCCCUCCAUUUCCUGGAGGCCCUGGAAUUCCUCCGCCUCCACCUGGAUUGAGUGUGCCUCCCCCUCCACCCUUUGGGUUGGGAGUGCCUGCAGUCCCAGCUCUGCCAUUUGGAUUAGCUCCCAAAAAGGUUUAUAAGCCAGAGGUACAGCUCCGGAGGCCAAACUGGUCCAAGUUUGUAGCUGAGGACCUUUCCCAGGACUGCUUCUGGACCAAGGUGAAGGAAGACCGCUUUGAGAACAGUGAACUUUUUGCCAAGCUGACCCUCACCUUCUCUGCCCAGACCAAGACCAAGAAAGACCAGGAAGGUGGAGAAGAAAAAAAAUCUGUGCAAAAGAAAAAAGUCAAAGAGUUAAAGGUGUUGGACUCCAAGACGGCUCAGAAUCUCUCCAUCUUUCUGGGGUCCUUCCGCAUGCCCUACCAAGAGAUCAAGAAUGUUGUCCUGGAGGUGAACGAGGCUGUUCUUACUGAGUCCAUGAUCCAGAACCUCAUUAAACAAAUGCCAGAGCCAGAGCAGUUGAAGAUGCUUGCUGAGCUCAAGGAUGAAUAUGAUGACCUGGCGGAGUCCGAGCAGUUUGGCGUGGUGAUGGGCACUGUGCCCCGUCUGCGCCCUCGCCUCAAUGCCAUUCUCUUCAAGCUGCAGUUCAAUGAGCAGGUGGAGAACAUCAAGCCAGAGAUUGUGUCUGUCACUGCUGCGUGUGAAGAGCUGCGCAAGAGCGACAGCUUCUCCAGUCUUCUGGAGCUUACCCUGCUGGUAGGAAACUACAUGAACGCCGGCUCCAGGAACGCUGGGGCUUUUGGCUUCAACAUCAGCUUCCUCUGUAAGCUCCGGGACACGAAGUCCACAGAUCAGAAAAUGACACUGCUGCACUUUUUGGCCGAGUUGUGUGAGAAUCAGUAUCCUGAUGUCCUCAAGUUUCCAGACGAGCUGGCCCAUGUGGAGAAAGCCAGCCGAGUUUCUGCUGAGAACUUGCAAAAGAACCUGGAUCAGAUGAAGAAACAGAUUGCUGACGUGGAACGGGAUGUUCAGAAUUUUCCAGCUGCCACAGAUGAAAAAGACAAGUUUGUUGAGAAGAUGACUAGCUUUGUGAAAGAUGCGCAGGAACAGUACAAUAAGCUGCGAAUGAUGCAUUCCAACAUGGAGAACCUGUAUAAAGAGCUAGGCGACUACUUCCUCUUUGACCCCAAGAAGUUGUCUGUGGAAGAGUUCUUCAUGGAUCUGCACAACUUUAGAAAUAUGUUUUUGCAAGCAGUCAAGGAGAACCAGAAGCGGCGAGAGACAGAAGAAAAGAUGCAACGAGCCAAACUAGCCAAGGAGAAGGCAGAGAAAGAGCGGUUGGAGAAGCAGCAGAAGAGAGAGCAACUCAUAGACAUGAAUGCAGAGGGCGAUGAGACAGGUGUGAUGGACAGCCUUCUAGAAGCCCUGCAGUCUGGGGCUGCAUUCCGGCGUAAGAGAGGCCCUCGCCAGGGCAACAGGAAGGCCGGCUGUGCAGUCACAUCUGUGCUAGCUUCAGCGCUGACCAAGGAGGACGCCAUGACUGCCGUCCCAGUCAAGCUGCCCAAGACCAGCGAGGGCACACUCACCAUCCAUGAGGAAGCCAAGGAGUUGGUUGGCCGUGCAAGCUAGGCUGGGGGCUG